CCGAUGGUAUGGAGAGGCACGUCUGCCGAAUCCACGGCUUCUAUCCCAGGGAGAUCGAUGCCUCCUGGACGAGGGAUGGGGAAUUCUGGCUGCAAGACACCUUCCAUGAGUCUCUGGCCCCCAACUCUGAUGGGACCUACUAUUACUCGCUCGGAAUCCAGAUCGAUCCCAAGGAGAGGGGCCGCUAUCGGUGCCACGUGGAGCACGAUGGCUUGCAGCAGCCUCUGGAUCUGGACCUGAAGGUUCCAGAAUCCAGUUCCAGUCUGGGGCUUAUCAUCAGUGUUAGUGUGGCUGGCGUUAUCUUGGUGUGUGCAAUUUGUGGGAUCUUGGCAUUUCUCAGAUUCGGGAGAAGAGAGGAUGAUCCCAGGAAUGACCCUUCUUGUAAACCUCCACUUAUGACCAGUUGCUGAGCUACCGUUUGAAGUUACAACAGACCUCCUCAGAGUCUGAAACGAUGCUGUGAAUUGAGAUGGGAGGAAACGUUCCCACGUGGCUCUUUGUUCAUGUCACGAUGUCAACUUCCUGGCUCUGGCUGAGCUAUUCGGACUGCAAUAGAAUUGAUGAAAUGUUUGCAAAUGUAUUUGGAUGUUUGUAAGCUUUUUAACUGCUCGGAUAUUUAGCGAGUAGCAAAAUGUCCGCUGAGUUCAACACAAUGUGGUAAACAAGGCUAUCAAAACAAGGUGGCUGUAUUCACAAAGCUGUUAUGGCAGAAGAAGUAAAUAUAUGAUUUAAGGUGAAGGCCUGCUUGAUACAGCAAGCUAAGAUGAACCGCUUGAGUUAGAAUAGAAUAGAAUAGAAUAGAAUAGAAUAGAAUAGAAUAGAAUAGAAUAGAAUAGAAUAGAAUAGAAUGUGGAGUAGAGUAGAGUGGAGCCUGGACAAUUCCUAU